GCUCUACAGACAGAAGCCUAUGUGAUUUUGUGUCAGAGACGAUGCUUGUGGAAAACCACAAGUUGCAGCAGUGCAAACAGAAAUAUAGUGAGUACACAAGUUCUGACAUAUAGAACACUGCUUGACUCAUGAUAAGAUCAGUAACGUGCAUUAUUUCUCAUUUGAUUGUUAUUAAUAUUAAAAGAACAAAGUUGUUUCCGGUUGAGGAGUAUGCUCAAAGGACCCCGGCCUAACUGUUUUCUGUGAGAUGGAACUAUUCAGGACAACAAUACUUCUGUCAGUUCUGGUUCUCUCUCAAGGCUUUCUAAGUAAAGACUACUCUGUUCCGGGGAACUUCUCUGGGUCGAGAGAGACUGAUGAGCAGCAGACAUCCAAUCUAUCCAUAUCUCACCACCCCAGGCUAUCUCAGCACUGCUCUGGGGUUGUUGAGGUGCUCCAUCGAGGGCUGUGGAGGCCGGUGACCUUUGACCUUGGGUCUGCAGAGUGGGCCAAAGUGGUGGAGGACAUAUGUACCAACCUGAGCUGCGGGGCAGUGUAUGAGCUCCGACAAAAUGGCACAGCUACUUUAAACUACUCCAGCUCAACGUGUCUGAGCCAGUGUGUCUACAGAGACCUACUGGUGGAGAACUGUACAGAGCUCUCAUACACGGACUGCUCUAACCUGACUGAGAUAACCUGUGGGCACCAGGCCGUGCGAUUGGCUGGAGGCUCACACCACUGUGAGGGACGGGUGGAGUUGUGGAGAGAGGAAAAAUGGGGAACGGUGUGUGACGAUAGUUGGGACCUGAGAGAUGGGGGCGUGGUCUGUGCCCAAUUGGGCUGUGGCUCUGCCCUAAAUGUGAGUGGGGAGGGCGGGUCCUUUGAAGCGGGUGUUGGUCUGGUUCUCUUAGAUGAGGUGAACUGUGGGGGGAGCGAGAGGAACCUAUGGGAGUGUCCCUCCAUGGGGACAGUCAACGACUGUGGACACAAAGAGGACGCUGCAGUGGUUUGUUCAGGAAUUCCAUCUCAACCAGGCAACGAGACGACAGAACAGAACACCCAGACUUCAACCACAGCAGGCUCAGUUCUACUAGUCACCAGUGCAGAGAGCCGGUCCUCUCCUCCCGUAGCUGCUGUCUGGGGCUGCAUCGUAUUGUCUAUAGCCCUCCUCCUCACACUCCUCUCCAAUGCCUCACUCUUCCUGUCUUACAGGAGGAGAGCUGCACUUCUGGUUCACCAAAGACAAGAUGGCCGCUUGCUGUCCAUCCAGUCUCAACACACCGACCGAGGGGAGAGUGUCAACUUCCUCACAGUCACCAUGGACACAGCUGAUUACACUCCACAGUACCUUUCCAAACAGCCCUCUCAGAAUGACACCGAAGCCUCGUGUGACUCUGACUAUGAAAACUAUGACUUCAAUGACCAACCCUCUGUUGCCAUGGCUACUGCACUUGUCAGGGUCCUUGACAAUGGAGUGAGCACAAGCAGAGAGCCAUGGGAAACCACGCAGACAGCAGAGACCUCUGACGCUCCUGAGAAAUAUAAUAUUGUUACUGAGACAAUCAAUGGCAUUGAGAGAAAUAACACUGCCACCCAAAGCUGUCAUUCGCUGGUGUCAUCCAGCACGUCUUCUGGGGAAUGCUAUGAGAACAUUGAGACACUGGAGAAGGAGCUGCUGGACUCAGGUCCAGAUUUGAGAGAAACUGCCCUCACAGACUUGAUCUGUGGAAGAGAGCCAUCCUUGGGAUCGAGUAGUAGUACAUCAUCAGGGGAAUCCUACUACAACGUGGGGAUGGCAGUGGAACAGCAUCUACAGUCAGAGAACACCUAUACACAUUCCCCUGUGCAAUCAACCAGUACACACCAGGAUCAGCAACAGCCUGUGAACAGCAACUGCCACCUACUAAGCAGUCAAAAUCAAGAUGAUUCAAGCAGCUCAUCCUCCUCUGAGCUUUAUGAGAACAUAGGAGUCCAAGAUGAAGAGGGGAUUGGUGAUGCUACUGUGAAAGAAGACCCGGACCAGUCUCUUUCUGACAGUGACUACGAUGACAUAACAAAUUACUAGCAUGUCAUCAAACAUAGCAGUGAAGUGAGAACUAUAAAAACAGAGUCAUUUACAUUUUAGCAGAUGCUAUUAUCCAGAAAGACAUACAGGGGAAAUUAAGUGGAAUUGCCUUGCUCAAAGAUACAGACAGAUAUUUUUUCACCUCGUUAGCUUGGGGAUUCGAACCAGCAACCUUUCUGUUACUGGCCCAACGGUCUUAACCCCAUUCGCUUCUCCCCUGCACAGAAUGACCAGCAUUGUCAACAAACUACACUGUCAAUGAUAUUGAUUUAAUACAGUGAUCUGAGCCACAUAAAGCACAGUCAAUACACAUCAAACUUUUUAAACUUGAAAUUCAAUUGUGUUAAUAUUAUCAAGGAGAAAAAGAUAUAAAAAAAAUAAGUGCAUACAACAUAUAUUGAACUAUGACUAAAUGUGAAUAGCCUAGUCUAUACACGCAUAUGCAGAUGUUUUGUACAUAAUAUGAGCACAUUUUUUACUAUCCAAAAUACCUACUUCUAACUGGGCUAUCACAACAAAUCCCAUGAAUGUCUUUGGGAGUUAAGCUUUUUUUAUGGUUCCCUGAUGAUGAAUAAAUUAGUACAUAUUUAAUAAACUAUCCACAGACUA